AUGGGGAGGCAGCCGUGCUGCGACAAGGUGGGGCUGAAGAAGGGGCCGUGGACGGCGGAGGAGGACCAGAAGCUCGUCGGCUUCCUCCUCACCCACGGCCACUACUGCUGGCGCGUCGUCCCCAAGCUCGCAGGGCUGCUGAGGUGCGGGAAGAGCUGCAGGCUGAGGUGGACCAACUACCUGAGGCCCGACCUCAAGCGGGGGCUCCUCUCCGACGAGGAGCAGCAGCUCGUCAUCGACCUGCACGCGCAGCUCGGCAACAGGUGCGUGUCUAGUGUAGCUCGAGUUUUAAUUUGGAGUCUCAGUCUCCUGCGGUGGCCGGCGGCGCUCAUGGACCAUGCCCGUGGUGAUGCGCGCAGGUGGUCCAAGAUCGCGGCGCAGCUGCCCGGGAGGACGGACAACGAGAUCAAGAACCACUGGAACACCCACAUCAAGAAGAAGCUCCGCAAGAUGGGCAUCGACCCCGUCACCCACCGCCCGCUGGAUCAAGUGCCCCCUCGUCCCGCGCAACAGCCGCCGCCGCCGCCGCCGACCACCACCGCGUGGCAGCAGCAGGACGGCGCCGAGCACUGCCAGCAAGUGGAGGAUGAGGACGUGAAGGCGGUCCCGCUGAUCCAGCCGCACGAGGUCACGGCGCCACCGCCCACCGCAAGCAGCAAUUGCUCUGUUUCCCCUGCCUCGGUCGUCUCGCCGUCCUGCUCCUCGUCCGCGGCGUCCGGUCUGGAGGCGGCGGAGUGGCCGGAGCCAAUGUACCUCCUCGGCAUGGAUGGCAUCAUGGACGUUGGCUCGGGCUGGGACGCCGGCUUCGUCGUCCCCGGCGGCCUCAGCGUCGACCCGUUCGACCACUACUACCCGGACCCUGCAGGCUUCGAUCAAGAAGCCUGGCUGUAA